UGGCCCGUGGUGUUCAAUCUUGGCCACUUGAUUUUUUUUUUCCUUUUCACUUUAGAUCUCCUCGCAGUAUUUGCACGUUCGGUUUUCCAUUUCAUGGCUCCUUUCCGUUUUCGUUUUUCGACCCCUUUAGCUUUCUUCCGUUUUCAUCAGCAUCAACAUAAAAGAGAGAGCGAGAAAAAUCGUGGGAGAGGAACUGGCGGAGCUCAAGGCAGAAGAUGGUGGCAUCCCUCUGAAUCAAGAUGGUGGUGUCUUUUCCGUUUCGAUUCACGUUUCUGAAUCAAGUUUCUGUCACCUCCGUUUCCUCGCAAUCUUCUCCGUCGUUGGAUUUGUGAGGUAGUGUGCCUGUGAUGAAUCAACGAGCCUUGACGAGCUCGAGAGCGAUCUUCAGGUAACUGACUUUGAUUGAACCUGUGUUAUCUAGGACUGGAUUUUCGUAGGAUUAUUUUGUGUUUCAAUUCUUCUCUAGGGGGUUUGGCAAUCUAAUCAAUUUUCGUUCAGGCCCAUACUUUAACAGGUAAUUUUGAAUGAAUUCUUACUUUUUCUUUAACGAAUCCACCACUCCUAUGUCCCUCUAUUCCUCUCUUUGAUAGGUUUGGUGAAGGUAAAGAGCAAUUUCUUUAGGAACGAAUAGAGAAGAGAUGGAUGUGACAUGUCGUUGCUUCCACUGUAAAUUGCAAUCUCACCUCAGCUUUCACUCUUCCAUUUCAUCUAUCGGAAAAGUAAUUUCUUUCACUCUAAUCCUUCUCUAUCAAUAGGCAAUUUCCUACCCCUUCACAGCUUUCCCUUUCACUCUCGAAAUCUCCAGAUCCCCUCCUCCCUUCACAGCUUUGAUGUCUGUUCAAAUUCCAGACAGAACCAGACAGAACCAUCAUAGUCACCUCCUCCUUCUUACCUCCAUCAAUAGCCACCUCCUCACCUUUCCAUAUGCACCCUGUCGAGAGCUUCCACCAAGCCGGGCACGGCAGAAGCAACUCCACCGUGCGGUUGUUCCAUGACGCCACUUUGGCCGUUGCCCCAUAGACUUUUCUAGGUAUCUUUCUAGAAGCAACACUUUUGCCAUUUAAGAAAUUCUAUGGAGAUGUCAUUUGUGCUUUAUAAGGAUUGGAUUUUCCCAAGCAAGUACUGAUCACAAAUCUUCUGAAGAGAACGCUAGCGAGGCUUUCUAAAUUGGCUUAUACCUUGAUGAGGAUUUCAGUGUCAUAAGCUUUGCUCUUCUGCUGUGCCGUUUCCCGUUUCUCGAAUUUAUCUGUCUGUAGCCUUUUGUUUUUUGGUGAGUAGAAAGACUUCUUUCCUUCUUUGGUCUACAUAAUCUAUGAAUCAUUGAUACAUGUGUUUCCUUCAUGUAUUCGUAUUCAUAUAGGAUACAAGUUCUCUUCAGGGAUUUUAAUUAGAUCCUUACGACAUGUAUUCAUAUCUUCUUCAUGUUAAUUAGUUCUAUUAUUUCGACGCACUUAAAAAGCCUUAUUUAGUGUAUAGAGGAUAAUAAACUGAGCAAAUUAUGAACAAAAGACCUUUUAUGGUAGCAACAACGAUGUCACUACCCAAUUACUGUCCUGAAAGCUCAUGUGGCCAGUGUAAGUUCGCUGCUCAUAUAUACAUAUAUCUUCAAGAAUUAAGAAAAUCAGCUUUGUUUCUCUUCUUCCGUUUAAAAUAGUCCUGAUAUUUAAUCAUUUUUCAGCUUCUGUUUUGAGCACUAUUAAAUCACUUAAAUGGGAGUUACUGUUAGUAAUAAAGUCACUUUUAAUUAAAGGUUUGACAGUUACAAAAACGAAUGGUCAUGAGUUAUUAUGCAUUAAGUGCGUUUAAGGGUCAUCAUUAUUUGUUAGCUAACCACUACGCAUUAGCUUUAUGUAUAUUUAGUAUUUUUAAUUGAGGAGUAUCAUGUCAUGUAGCAUGUCCAAAUCUACCUUCUCAUGUAGCAUGCACCAAUUGAGGAAAUGAUAAAGUUUCUUUCUGGAUUAAAUGAUGAUUCAUAAGGGAACAUGAAGAACUUCAUUUUUGUCUAUGUGGCUGUGGGCCUAAUGUUCCACUUUAUUUAGCACCAAUUAGUUUGGAUGGGCUACUAAAAUGUUGACAGAAGAAUGAGACUUGAAACACUUCUCACCCCAGGUUGGAAGUAGAAGAAAGCGUAUAUUGUUUUGAUAACUAAAAUAUGUUAUGUGAGCUAUUUACCAAAAGAAACAAAAGAACUCUGCCAUGUAAUAUGCAUCCUCUUACAAUACGACCAUUAGACCCCUUUAUAUAGACUAAACAAAAAUGUUACUAGCAUAAAAAAAAAACAAAAAUGUUACUGAGGACAAGUCUUAUCACAACUUUCUAAAAACUUGAGCCAAUUUUUUUAUAAUUUGAUUCUGAAAGUACCUCAUUUGAUAGAUAAGAGUUUUAGUUUUCAAGUUGAAGAAGUCCACCAGGUUCUAAUAUUAUAAUAUUAGAAGUAAGGUUGUUGAUUCUAUUAAAAUGUAACUCUUUAACCUAACGUUACUAAUUGGCCUUUAUAUGGCGUAGCUAUGGAUGUUGUACAUUGUGAAAGCUUGAGACAUGCUAAUGGCCAUGCUAAUACUGAUCCUGGAAUGACUUAUCAGUCUACUGGAUUUUUUGGAAAUAUAAAUAGCAAUUCAAAUCUGCCUUCUAUUGAUGAUAACUUGGAUAAGCAUCAAAGAUUAUCAUUUUCGUGUCAUUUUUGUAAGAUCAAGGUUUGAUCAGUGGUUGCAUCUUUAUAUUUUGAUGAAUACAAUUAAGGUUUGUGAUGAUGAACAAUUGUGGUACUCUAACGUUUGUCUCUUUUAGAUGUGACAAACAGGUUCUGAAUCUGACUCAAGCCUAUUCAUUCAGAAGAAGAAGAACCAAGGGAUACUAAAAAGAGAGCUCUAAAGCUUACCAUGUUCGUUCAGAACAGUGACAAAUCCUUCAGAAGUUCUGAAGAUGGAAGCUCUCAAGAGGUACUGAAGAACCGGAGUCAGAAGUUCUGAAGACCAGAUGUUCCAGCGGAACGGUCCAGAAGUAGAAGACUCAAGUUCUGAAGACCUGAAAGAAGUUGGCAUCUGAAGACCAAAGCUAUUUUAGCUCUGACGUUCAGAAGUUCUGAGGAACUUGUUCAGAAGCAGAAGUUGCAAGGUCAGAGGAUCCAAGCUUCCGUCUGACUAUGAUCAGAAGCUUCACCAACGUUCAUCUGAAGCACUCUAGAUCUCAAGUCAGCCGGUGAAAGGACAGGUCGCUGUCAUAAUACAAAUCAUACAAGCCUCAGUCUGUCCGCCACCUACCUCGUUCAGCCUAACAGUCUGAUAUUACAAGAUUGCCACUCCAACGGACAAAACCCUAGCAACGACUACAUCAUAUGCCUUGGAGUAUUUAAAGGCUGAAGAAAGAAGAAAGAAGCUAAGAAACUUUGCUGAAAUCAUUCAACUUAUUCAAACCAAUCCCUUAGCAUUAUUUCUUCACUGUUCUUAAACAUCUGAGUUUACUAUUAGCUUUUUAGAAGCAUUUCUUGUAAACCCGAAACCUUUAUAUUUCUUUGUAAAGUUCCUUAAGAGACUAAGGUUGGUCGGAUCUUGAGAUGACUGAAUCAAGGUUGAUUCAGUGUUUAGCUAGUCUUAAGAGGAUCGGUAGAUCAGCUUCUUAAGAGGAUACUAGUGAGAAAAUCAGUGUAUUGUUAGUCACUUAGCAGGUAGCAAAGUGCAGUUGUAACACUAAUUGAUUUUAGUGAAUUGCCUUCAUCAGAAGAAGGAAGAAAUCACCUUCACGGGUGGACUGGAUUAGCUUGAGCUUUUAUCUCAAGUGAACCAGGAUAAAAUACUUGCGUGCUUCACUUAUUAUCCCUCAGCACCUAGUUCUUAUCAUUGAGUUUGAAAAAAGUUCAAAAGUAUAUCCUUUAUUCAAAAACUCUAUUCAAACCCCCCCUUUCUAGUGUUUUUCGCACCUUCAAUUGGCAUCAGAGCUCCGGUUCUGAUUUAAACACCUAACAGUGUUCAGUGAUCCAGAACCUAGUGUGAAAAACAACGAUGGCCCAAGCCAAUACUUCCGCUGACAACAACAACCAACUCAGAGCACCAAUCUUUGAUGGUGAAAAGUUUGAGUACUGGAAAGAUAGAAUAGAGAGUUAUUUCCUUGACACUGACCCAGAUCUUUGGGAUAUGGUCAUGGAAGGCUAUACUGAUCCAGUAGAUGCUUCAGGAGUGAAGAUCCCCCGUUCUGAAAUGACUGACGCUCAGAAGAAUCGUUUCAAGGAUCAUCACAAGGCGAAGUCUAUGCUAUUCAGUUCAAUAUCAUAUAUUGAAUAUGAGAAGAUCUCUGACAAAGAAACAGCAAAAUCCAUCUAUGACUCCUUAGUCAUCACGCAUGAAGGAAAUGAAGAGGUUAAGGAGACCAAGGCUCUUGCUCUCAUACAACAAUAUGAGCAGUUUAAGAUUGAAUCUGGAGAAACCAUUGAAGAGAUGUACUCAAGGUUUCGAACUCUGAUUGCUGGAAUCAGAGUGCUAAACAAGGGCUACUCUACUGGUGAUCAUGUCAAAAAGAUCAUCAGAAGUUUGCCUAAGGAGUGAAUGACUUUUGUCACUGCACUGAAACUCUCCAGGAAUCUGAACUCGUUGAAGUUAGAAGAGCUCGUGAGUCAUCUCAGAAGCCAUGAGAUUGAACUCAAAGAGCGCAAGCCUCAAAAGAAAGACAUAUCUAUUGCUCUUAAGUCAAAAUCUGACAAAGCGAAAGCUUAUCAGGCAGAAGAGGAAGAUUCUUCUGAAGAGCUAUCAGAUGCGUCUGGUGAUGAAGAGCUAUCUUUUUUCACAAAGAGAUUAAGCAAACUCUGGAAGAACAGACAUAGCAAAGGCAAAGGACCAAAGAAAAGUUCAGAAAGAUUUGAAUCUUCAUCUGGUCAGAAGAAGUCAUAUGGAAAGGAAGUCACUUGCUUCGAUUGCAAGGAAUAUGGGCACUACAAGAGUGACUGUCCCAAGCUAAAGAAGGACAAGAGACCAAGAAAAGUCUUCAAGAAGAAAGCUCUCGUGACCUUUGAUGCGACUGACUCUGAUGAAGCUGAGUCAGAAGAAGAUGAAGCUGUGGAAGCUCUGAUGGCUACCACCAGCAGAGGUGCUGAAGCUUCAGAAGAUGACUCAGACUCUGAGAAUGACGAUGAGGUAUUCUCUAAUUUUUCUCCAUCUGAGCUAAGAACUGCAUUAUCUGAAAUAAUGGAGAAACAUGAUGUUCUGUUAAAUAAACAUAAAGAGCUUAAAAGAAAAUAUGCUGUUAAAACCAGUUCAUCAGAAGUUCAUGAGAAGUCAGUCUCUGAACUCAUAGAAGAGAACUAUUCUCUUAAAAUAUACAACUCUGUUCUUCGUGCUAAAAAUGCCAUGCUAGAAGAUCAACUUGCAUCAUCUGAUGUUAAGCAUGAGACAUUAUAUGAGAAAGCGUUUCAAAGGUUCCUAGCCAAGGGCAUAGACAGAAGUCUUAUGGCUUCAAUGAUCUAUGGCAUAAGCAGAAAUGAGAACAGUGGCCUUGGCUACUCUCAAUCCAUGAGAGAUGAGUCAUCUAAGCCCAAACGCGAACCAUUCCAUAAGGAUUUCGUUCCCGCCGGCACUGUCAUUCCAGAAAAGGUUACACCAAAGGUGGUAAAACCAAAGGGAAAAUUUAAAACUUGACAUGUCUAAAUAUUAUAAUCAGGUUCCUCUAUAUUAUCCUCCUGUUGCACCCAAAGUUCCAAGAACUUCUGGGAAAACUAACAAGAAAGGACCCAAGAUAUGGGUACCUAAGACAAAAAUUAUUCCUGUUGCAGACAUAUUAUGCAGCUCAGUUAAGACACCUGUCAUGGUACCUGGACAGUAGAUGCUCGCGACACAUGACAGACAUAAAGUCUAUAUUCCAAAAGCUGGUACCGCUUAAGUCAGGAGGAGACGUUGGCUUUGGAGGAAACCAGAUGGGAAAAAUGAUUGGAAAAUGUUUCAUAGGAGAUGGAAAAAUUCCAGUUAUUAAUGAUGUACUUCUGGUUUAAGGUUUAUUGCAUAACUUGCUCACCAUAAGCCAAAUAGUUGACAAAGGUUAUGAUGUGAUCUUCAAUCAAACCUGCUGCAAAGCUGUCAGUCAAACAGAUAGAUCUGUUCUGUUUUCUGGGAAGAGAAGAAAUGAUAUUUACAAAAUCAAAUCCUCUGAACUGCUAUCUCAGAAGGUCAAGUGUCUCAUGUCAGUUAAUGAUGAGCAAUGGAUCUGGCACAGACGCCUAGGGCAUAGCAGCCUCAGGAAGAUCUCUCAACUCAGCAAGCUAAACCUCGUCAGAGGAUUGCCUCGUCUGAAGUAUUCAUCAGAGGCUCUGUGUGAAGCUUGUUAGAAGGGAAAAUUCACCAAGAAGCCCUUUAAAGCAAAGAAUGUGGUAUCUACAACAAGACCCCUUGAGCUACUUCACAUUAAUCUCUUUGAACCAGUGAAAACUGAAUCCAUUGGAGGAAAGAAGUAUGGGUUAGUUAUUGUAGAUGACUACAACAGGUGGACAUGGGUAAAGUUCCUAAGGCACAAAGAUGAAACACACACUAUGUUUACCAACUUCAUUAUCCAAGUUCAGAAGGAGUUCCAAACUUCAGUGAUUACUGUCAGAAGUGAUCAUGGUGGAGAAUUUGAGAACAAAGCUUUUGAAGAAUUGUUCAACUCCCAAGGAAUCUCUCACAACUUUUCCUGUCCUCGCACUCCUCAACAAAAUGGAGUUGUUGAAAGAAAGAACAGAACUCUUCAGGAGAUGGCUCGCACCAUGAUACAAGAAUCAAGUAUGGCUAAGCACUUCUGGGCAGAAGCAAUCAACACUGCAUGCUAUAUCCAGAACAGAAUCUCCGUUAGACCAAUUCUGGAGAAGACUCCUUAUGAGCUAUGCAAAGGACGAUAACCUGAUAUCUCUUACUUCCAUCCAUUUGGAAGUACUUGCUACAUGCUCAACACUAAGGAGCAAUUGGGUAAAUUCGAUUCUAAAGCUUUAAAAUGCUAUUUUUUUGGUUAUUCUGAAAGAUCUAAAGGUUUUAGAACUUAACCCACUGGUUAAACUUCUGUGGUAGGCAACAAUACACGUGUCACUUCAUUUGUGACAUAGUUCCUUGAGUCGCGUGGUGUAUCUGCUAUAAUUAUGAUGCCUACUCUCCUCCACUAUGCUAUUUUCAUACUAGCUAUUUUACAACCGUUGAUCUUGCCUUUAUUUUUUUUGUGUCUUACCAUUAAACCGACUAUACACACUUUUCAAACACGAUCUUCCACACACUUACACAGACGGUUUUCAAACUCUUUGUGUGCAUUGCAUGUAAGAUCAAGUUUUGAUCUAGUAGUACAACUCUAUGUUUUGAUGAUUACAAGUUAACCUUUUGAUAUGAACAAUUGUGGUACUCUUACGUGUUUUUCUGAGUGUGCUAUUUACAGGCUCUGACCUUAACUCAAUCUCACACAAAUCAGAAUCACUGUGUAUAAAGAGCGACCCAAGCAACGCUUUCGCAUUCACCAUGUUCAGUAUGAACAGUGGAAAAGCUUCAGAAGUUCUGAAGUUAUACAAACUCUGAUGUGGACUCAGUCACUAGAAGUUCUGAAGAUCCAGAAAGUCUGAUAACCAAGAAACACUGAAGGCUCAGAUAUUCUGAUGGUGUAGAAGACUCUGAAGAUCCAGAAGCUGAUUAGUGAAAUUCUGAUGUCCAGAAGCAAGAUACUCUGAAGACCAUGUACUUCCCUCUGAGUUCAGAAUCAGAAGAAACAAUGGUCAGAGGAUCUGGGCUUUCCCUCUGACUCUGAUCAACCGGCUUCACAAGUUCCAACAUGAAGCUUUCUCCUGAUCAGAAGUCUCCUAGGUUUAAAGGUCAAGUCGCUAUCCAAGUACAAAAGCAACUGUACCUUCCUGACGACCUACCUAACAGUCUCAGACACAGCAGAAGCUAGAUUUUUCAGAACUGCCCUCCAACGGUAGCAUUUCCCAUGCAACGCUCAACCCUAAUCCUUGGAGUAUAUAAAGAGGCUGAAGACUGAAAGAAGCGGCUAGAAGCAUUCACAUACGCGUAAGACAAAUUCAAAUUCUUCUAAGCUUUCUUUCAUCUGAAAUUCAUUGAGUUUACUAUUAGCUUUUUAGAAGCAAAUCUCUUGUAAACAAUUCUUUGAUAAACAGUUUGUUUAGUUCCUUUAGGAGAUCAAGGUUGAUCGGAUCCUGGAGAAGACUAAGAGAGUGAAUCUUAGUGUGAGCUAAGUCAGUGUAAUUGUUAGUCACUUGUAGGUUUCAAGUGCAGUUGUAACUCUUACCUGAUUAGUGGAUUGCCUUCAUUCUAAGAAGGAAGAAAUCACCUUAACGGGUGGACUGGAGUAGCUUGAGUGAUUUAUCAAGUGAACCAGGAUAAAAUCCUUGUGUGCUUUUCUAUCUCUUAUCUUUAGCACUUAAGUUCUCGAAAGAUUUGUCAAAAUCUUUAAGGUGGAAGCUUUAUCUUGAAAACGUUAUUCAAACCCCCCCUUUCUACCGUUUUUCAUACCUUCAUUGCAUUCAUUCAUACUCCUCUCUCCAAUAUUCCCUUCUCUCUGAACCCUAAACCUCACUACCUGAGAAUAAUGGGCAAAUCAAGGAAAUCAAGAGCACGUGUUACUACUUCUUCCAAACCAACUGCCGAAGACCAAGAAACUCAGAGAUUUGAAGAAGCACAACAAAUUCUGAACACACCCAAUGUUGUUACCUGCGUCAAGAAAGCUGAAGAACUGGUUGUGUGCAACGAAGCGAGAGUGGACUUCGACAACCUGGCUGAUCAUGGGUUUGAUAUCAGGGAUCAAGUCAACUUGCAAUGGUGGUCUGGCUACUUUGAUAGGCUCUGUGGUCCGAUUUACUACAAACUGGUUGUAGAAUUCUGAAAAAACGCAGUUUGCAACGACUACUAUGUCGUCUCUCAUGUGCUGGACAAGAAGAUUGUGAUUUCAAAAGAGUCCAUUGCAAAGCUGCUGGGUAUGGAGUUCUAGCAAGGAAAAAAGAUCAAAAACAUUGAUGCUAAUGUUCCUGGGAUGAGGAACUUAGUCAAUAAGGAGAUUUAUGACAAUUGGUCUCUGGAGAGGACCACGUAUAACAUAAAGGAUUUGAAGCCAAACAUGAAGAUUUGGCAGAAGAUUUUCAUAUCCUGCAUUCACCCCAGAACCGGUGGAACUGAUUACCUUAAUGCAACUCAAAAGGUAAUCAUGUACUAUAUUUCUAAGGGUGAGCCUAUAUGUCUGCCGUUUCUGCUUUUCAACUAUUUGAAGGAAUGUGUUGAGAAGUCAAGGACCACAACUACUGAGAACAAGAGGUCAAUUUCUUACAUUCCUUAUGAAAGGUUGCUUUCAGACAUCUUCAUCCAGAAUAAACUAGUCAAGACCUUGGACUUCAUGAAGAUCUGGCCAUGUCCAUUGGCGAUGCUCUCAAUGGGACCAAGCUGAAAAGAAUGCAAAUCAUUGAGAAAGUCCAAGUUGAGCCUACAGAAGAUACAUUUGAAGAGGUUCGUCAGAAGAACUACCCUAUUGAUGACUAUCCUCUCGGGUCCAAGAAGGACAAUCCAGCAAGCAUUCUGGAAUAUGUAAGAAUGCUCAGAAGCAAUGGAGAUAAAUCACUCUUGAAGAGUUUGUCAGGACUCUUCCUGACAGUCCUCCUGAAAUGCCAACAAGGAGAGCCAAGAGAACAAUUAGCAAGCCUUCAGAUCCCAAAGGCAAAGGGAUUCUGAUAGAGAAGACCAAGAAAAUAAAAGCAGCAUCAAAGUCUGUAGUCAUCAGGGAACCAGUUCCAGAACCCUCUCCUGAAAGAACUCCAGAAGAGUCAUAUGAGGAAUCUCAAUCUGAUGAUUCUGAGAGCUCUAUGGAUUCUCCCUCUGGAACCCAAGAAGAAGAAGUUCCACCUAGAAAGAAUGUCAAGAGGAAAGCAAUUAUUGAAGAAUCAUCUGAUGAGGAAACCAAAGAUGAUGUUCCUCUGGUAAAAAGGCAAAGAACUCAAACAGCUCAAGUUGAAGAAGAAGUUGAGCAGGAUGACUGUGAGAUCAUUGAAAAUGUGCUCCCAAGUCAUAAGGGAAUCAGCAGAAGCUGAAGAAUCCACUGAUUCAGAUGUCGAGCCCAUAGGGAAGAGGCUGAAACUGCCUCUGAAGGGUCCACUUCAGAUGAAGGAGUCAGGACCAAAGCAAGCAUCUGAAAAGAUCUCAAAAGUACAAAGAGAAAGGAGAUCAAAGACAGCUUCAGAUCCUGCAAGGACUGCUAGACCCACCAGAUCCACCUUUCUCAGAGAAUCAAGUAAGGAACUUACUAAAAGCAUUAAUUUAGAUUCUGCUUUCAAACAGAACCUCAAACACAAGCUUUCUCUCAAGCUGAAACACAAGCCCCCCAAUCAAACAUCCAAACAGCUACCACUACCAUUCCAUCCAUGCAAAUUCAAACCUCUUCCACAUCCACCACAACUGAACCUGUACCUUCUUUCAAUUCUUUCAUUCAAGGUAUCGUUCAAAGUGAGGCUACCCUGAGAAAUUUGGUUCAACAUUUCACUCCCAAGCUUCCAUCCACUUCAAAAACCCUCCUGUUAACUCAAACUGGUGAGAUCCCUGCUGAGGAAGAAAAAGAGGAUGAUGAUGUUCAGAUCCUUGAACCUCCUUUCAAUGUGAAGCAUAUUCAACAAGUAGCUUCCAACUUUGAAGAUCAACUCCAAGAUGCUGCUGAAACUUCCUAUGUAUCCUUGUCCAACUAUUCUGCAGUAAACUCACGAGAUCUGAGUUUUACCUCACCUGAGAAGACUGCUACCUCCAGGCAAAGGCAAGUAACGAUCUCUGAAGCUGAGCAUAUGGAUGAAUCUGACCAUUCAGGAAUAGAGAAGAACCAUAAGAUUGAUUCUACUCCUUUAGGACAACCCAGAACUAAUAGUUCCAAUGCUUCAAGCUCAAAUGCAACCAGAACUCCUCUGCCUGUCCUGACCUUGGCAACCUCCUUCCGACCUCAAAAUCUGAAGAGGCAACCAGAAGAUUGCAAUGGUUAUAUCAGGUAACUGAUAAUCAGUUUGAUGCCUCCUUAGUUGAUGGUCUGUGGCCUGCCUUCGGAAGAUGGUCAGAAAGCAUAGCUUAUGAAUUUCAGAAGCAGCUUAGCAGUGAGAAACGUCUGAGAGUUCAUGAUGCGUCUAAGAGAGCUUAUGAGCAAAGGUAGAGAGUGCUGCACAGGGUUUGUGAAUCUUUGAGAAGAGCUAUGGCUGAAAGAAACUAUGUUGUCUCUGAAUGUACCUCAGAAGAUGCUGAGAUGAUUCCAGCAGAGGUUGCAGAAGACAGCUCUGACGGAAUAGUUAUUCUGGAAGAUGCAGAUGUUAAUGAAGUUGAGAAGCAAGUGCCAAUUCAAGUUGAUGCUGAAAUUCCAUCAGAGGCAGAAGUCCCUACCCCCGCUCAAGCUCCAGAACCUUCUCCUCAUCCAGAAGUUGCUACUCUUGCUGCCAUGAUUGACAGAAUUCAAGAUGAUCAACAGAGAUUGUUUCAGAUGGUUGAGCAACAAGGACUUGUUCAGAGUGAACAAAGUAGGCAGAUUUUAGCAGAAUGGAAGCUAUGAUGAAGUAUCUGAUCGAGAAUCUUCCCUCUUAAUCAAAGCCUUGAACCCCUCUCAUCUAUCUUGCAUGCAUUUGUUUUAAUUGUUUUAGGUGUGGUUCAGAAGUGUCAACCAGAGGAUUGGGCGAUCUAACCGAAGAGUGGUUAGACACAGAUUGUUCUGGGUCUGGUUGAACUGGCUCUUGUUGGACAGGGUCAGGUUGAGCUUGUUGAGCCAAAGGGCCUGCCUCAUGUAAAGGAUUGGCCAAGAUAGGUUCAUCUAGGUCAACUAGACGUUCAGGUCUAGGGCCAGGAUAUCUCCUAGGGCUUGGACAGGUGAGGUAAUACUCUUCUAAGGUAGACACCUUUUCUUUUCUGACCUCCAUGAAUUCACGAAUGGAUUCAGAGUUGUUGGAAGGGGAGGAGUCAGCCACAUUGGUUGGGAAUGAUACAGGGGUAUAGACACUGGAAGAAUCUGUAUCAGUGGUUCUGACAACAGGACGUGCUGAUGCUCUGGGAACAGAGUGAUCAAACGUUCUGGGUUCAGGUUCUAGUUGAACAGGAAUUGUGAGUUCAGGUUCAAGGGUAAGGGGUUCAGAUUCUGGAUUGUAUUGAAUGGUGAUAGGUGAGGUUGGAUCAGAGGGUCCGGUAGGUUGGUUCUGAAGCAUAUUCCAGAGAGGUGCUUCGUUUGGAGAAGGUUGGAAAAAUGAAGACGGGGGUGAAUUGGGUUGAGAGAUGGUUUGUGCAGCUGGUUGGGAUUCAGGAAUGGGAGUGAGUGGGUUUGUGGAUCGUUUGAGCAUAGCAGAGAUGGGGAGUGCAUCAAAUGAAUUCAAAUCACCAUCAGAAUCAACAACAGACUUACUUGAUGAUUGUGCUGAUGACCUAGUCACUCUGGAAGGAGUUUCAAUCCUUCUGACCACUUGAGCAGCUGGUUCCACCCUUGUAGGCUUCACCACAAGUCUGACUUGUUUCUUCUUCUUCUUGGGAGGAGAAGGACCACCAUCAUUAUCACCAUCAUUACCUUCAUCUGGCUUGCUGGUUUUAUCAUGUUUCCUCUUUGGCUGGUCAGCCUUCUUCUUCUUUGUCAGAGGGACAUCAGAUUCCUCAGAGGAUUCUUCUAAGACCAUCUUCCUCUGGGCUUUCCUCUUGGGAGGAGAGUCAAAAUCUGGAGCAGGCGGCAGUCUUCUGAAGAAUUCAUCUAAAUCAAUCUCAAAGCCUUGAGCCCUUAGGUCUUCAACAUAGCACCUAAUAGCUUCAGGGUUGUCUGCCUGUGUCCACAGAGGAUAGUCAUUCAGAGGGACUCGUCUUUUUCUGAUUUCAGAAGAUGUGUCUUCAUGAGCUGGGGCAAUUUUCUGCUGGACUAAACCCAUCUUCUUCAGAGAAUUGGCAGUGAAGACAUCACUGACAAUGGUGGUCAAAUCCUCUACACAUCCAGCAUUGACCAGAUCUUGCACAAGGUUGCUCUCAAUGAAGAGAUCUGAUAGCAACCUCCCAAAAGGGAUAUACUUGAUUGCUAACUUGAUGGAGGCAGUAGUUCUGGACUUCUUAAUACACUCCUUCAAGUAAGAGAACAGCAAGUAGGGAAGGCAGAUCUUCUGCUUGUCUUGGAUGAAAAACAACAUCGCCUUCUGGUUGAAGUUGAUGUAAUCUGAGGAACUGCCCUUUGGCCUCUGGUUGAUACAGUGCAGCAGAAUUUUGUGCCAUAUUCUGAGCUUGGGAUGAAGAUCACCACCUUGUAAUCAGUUUUGCCCGGUUUGUAUGUGGUGUAUAGGGCCUUGUUGGUCUCAUCCUUCGUUUUGGGUUUCAGCUUCGAUUCAGUGAGUUGGAAUCGAUACCCACGUGCAGUCUCUGCACCCAGCAGAUUCACGAAUGAUUUCUCAGUAAUUAUGAUCCUCCUACCAGCAAUGUGGGAGACCACCUGAGUGUCAUCGCAGUCAGCAUGUUUCCAGAAUUCUUUAACCAAUUUGUCGUACACCGGUCCUCGAAGCCUGUUGAAGUAAUUUUCCCAGCCUUGAACACGGACUUCAGGACGGAGAUCAUACCCAUUUGCAGCAAGAUUGUCGAGGUCGAAUCUCCACUCUGCCAGUACUUGAAGUUCUUCAGGAGCGUACACACAAUGAACGGCACAGCCCCGUUCUGCAAUCGGAACUACUUGCUCUAGACCUUGACCUUGAGCAGGAGCUUCAGGACCCAAUUGGCAUGUAGCUUGACCUACUACUGUAACGCCCCGAUUUCUCGAGCGUUACACAGUAACUAAUUAACCAAUUUUCGUAAAGAAUUUUCGCUGAUUCAUAACAUAACCAUAAACAGCGGGUUAAAGAAAUACGUUUUGCAUUAAACUCAUAAAAGGAUAAAACAUCAACCGUUAUAAAAUCAACUGUAAGUAAAUAAAGAAAACCGUGUCCACACCCACGUAUGGAAAAACCACGGCGGAAGUAAAUAGUUUACAUCAGUUACUCAAGUUCUCAUAAAACUCAACAAAAUAAAAUGAAGUUCCAAAAGAACGCUCGCUCAUCAAGUCUCAGCCUCCAGCGAGGCACGAACGUCGUUGUCGUUGACGCCAUCUACCCUCCCCCCAAAUAAACACAUAGCAAACAAGAAAGGGUCAGAUCUAAAAGAAAACACAUAAUACGAUAGAUAUAAUGAAACAACUUCCACACUUUUAAAAAAAAAUAAUUAUCUCUUUUACAUUAGGGUUUAAGAUGUUAGUUAGUCAUCUAUCGGUUCCUCACUUCACACAACCCACCAAAUCUUCCAUGGCCAUCUUCGUGCUUCCGCAGAGGCACGGUUAUCACGGUGACUGCAGUCAACCAAAUCACGUGGAGCCGCAAUGAUCCACAAAGUUCACGGUGACCGCAGUCAAUGAUGACCCUAGUUUAGUAGUGUUUUUAGGGUCAUUUCUUAGUUUGUUUUGAGUCUUUUUGUUGAGUCUCAUGUAGUGUUUCAUGCAUUCUCAUGCAUUUUUAUCUUUAUUUGUGUUUUUACUUUGUUUUGGUGAUUUUGUAGUUUUAUAGGGACUUUUCUAGCAUUUUAAGUAAGUUUAGGACUUGCAUGAUUUUCUUAUGUUAUUUGAAGGUUCUCCUUGCUAAUUAACUCUUUGAAGCUUCUAGAUAUCUCUUUUACUUUGUGCCUAAGU